AUGCAUAAACAACAAGCCCUGCCGGCAGCCUACUACAGGGGCGGCACAUCUCGAGCGGUCUUCUUCAAACAAGAUGACCUUCCCCACGACAGAAAGGAAUGGGACCCCAUUUUACGCGGCGUAAUUGGCAGCCCAGACCCGUACGGCCGCCAACUCGACGGGCUUGGUGGUGGCAUCUCGAGCUUAUCGAAAGUGUGCAUCGUCGGCAAACCAACACACCCCGACGCGGAUGUUGACUAUACCUUCGUAUCACUGGGAAUCAAAAACAUGGACGUUGACUAUUCCAGCAACUGUGGAAACAUGAUAAGUGCCGUCGGGCCCUUUGCAGUCGAUUCAGGGCUGUUCCCCUUGUCGCAGGAUAAUCUCGACUCAGUAUCUAUUCGCAUCCAUAACACCAAUACCGGCAAGAUCAUUCACUCCUCAUUCCCUGUUGUCGACGGUGAAGCUGCAUCCGCCGGUGACUUCUCCAUUGAUGGAGUUGCGGGGACCGCGGCCCGUAUCCAAUUGGACUUUAUCAACCCAGCUGGGUCGGUCACGGGUAAAUUAUUGCCGACAGGCCAAGCUAUUGACACCUUCGAUGACAUCUCCGUGACUUGUAUUGAUGCUGCCAACCCUUGUGUCUUUGUCCAGGCUUCUGAUCUUGGUGUGGAUGGUAAUUUGACUCCAGAUGAGAUCAAUGCCCAUCCUGAUCUGCUAUCGCGCUUAGAUUCUAUUCGGCGUCAGGCCGGUGUGAAAAUGGGCAUUGCAGAGACUCCUGUUGCUGUCCCAGGAAGUAUACCCAAGAUCUGUCUGGUCUCGGCGCCUUCUGCCUUUGAUGCGAGAGAUCUUGAGAUGAAACAGACGUCCGGUCAUGUCGAUCUUCUUGCCCGGGCUUUGUCUGUUGGGCAGCCACAUAAGGCAGUGCCUAUCACUGUCGCUUUGGCUUUGGCUGCUGCUGCAAGGGUACUUGGGAGCACUGUUUCCCUUGCUGUUGCGGGUAAAGAUCCUAUUGACAACGCGGGUAUCACAAUUGGUCAUGCUAGUGGGAACUUGUUAGUCGGUGCUAAAUUCGACACAGCUGGUGCACUUGCAUCGGCAACUGUAUUUCGUACGGCCCGACGACUGUUCGAAGGGCGGAUCUUUUGGACGAAAGAGUACUGA